AUGGGCUUCUCGACAACCCUUGCUCGUCCAUUACAGCUGGUUACUCGCACCAUGCAGUGGAGUAGUGCUGUCAUUGUUAUGGGUCUAACCUCGUUCUUCAUCAAUCACGGUCCCCGUGGCCAGCACACCAUCUACCAGGAAGUCAUUGCUGUCCUCUCAGUCGUGUUCUUCCUUCCGGCUUUAAUUUCCCCAUUUUUGCCCUCUUCGUUGGGCAGAUUCGUGCUCGCUAUCGAUGUCGUUUUCUCCUACCUUAUCUUCACCUUCUGCGGCAUGUUCCUGGAAGUCGCUGCCCUCUGGGCUAAUCGUAGGGAAAACACCACCCCUCGCACCGAGGACGAUAAAGUCAACUCUGGAACCCGUCCACCUCUUGAUGCGCCUGCAGCUCCUGCUGGAACUGUCUGA